AUGCCAGGUGCACAAUAUUAUGAUGGUAAGAAGUUAAAUAUUCCAAUUUCAAAAGAGGCUGCAGUUGAACUCAUUGAACGAUGGAUUCAUCAGGGAAUAAGCAGUAUGAUGGCUUGUAUUGCCACCCAACGCCUAAGCAAAUUAAACGAAUAUGAACGGAAUCGAGUGCAAAAGUGUUCACAAGCCGCUCAGGACAUUUAUGAACAGGCAAGAUGUGUAGUCCGAGCCAUUGAUGCAAAACCGAAACAGAUGGAUCCUACAAGAAUUUCACAUAUGCAAAAGCUGCAAAAAUUAAUGGAUGGAAAACAGAAGAUAGACGGUGCUAUAAUCCAAUCUGAAUCACAUCACAUCGAUUUCAAUCGAAGCAGGAAAAGGGAACAGGUGGAAUUCCGAACACGGCGAAGUGUAAUCAAUCGCCACAGUUAUAAAUUACACACUGAAUACGAACAUUUGACACCCUUUGGUAUUCUCGGCAAAUACUUAUCGAAGAUGACAAGAAUUAUCAAAAAUAAGGACCCGAAUUCAUCAUGGAAGAAAACGAUGUAUGAAAUCGAAAGUUUAAAACGACGAGAACAAGAAAAAAAUGAUUUCGCUGAGCAAUUACAGAAACGAUUUCCAUUCAGUUUCAAAAAUGCGGAACCUAAAUUAACACCGGUGAGCACUUUUAAGCAAAUUGUCGGAUUAAAUUCAAUAAUUUUGGAAGAAAAACUCUUAGCGAAAGAAUUACAUAUAUCGAAACAUCUUCUGCAAGGUUUGGAUAAAAACAAUGUGAAAACAAAAAAAACUUUGGAAAUUGUUCGACUCUUUCAACGAGCAGUUAAACUUGCGAUGGUUCUUAAUGGUGCCAACGGUACCAAAUUAGAAAAUAAGACACUCAGAUUUGGUUCACCGCGUCUGUUAUCAUUGGUACCUGACAAUGUUAAUGAUCAGAUUAGCAUCUUAUCUCCAUCGCUGUUCAGCAUGCAUGAUAAAGGCAAAGGCUUAGAAGCAUUAACCAGCAUUCCCGAAUUGCUGAAAGUUGCCGGUAAUAAGGAUUACGAGGAAUGGCUAAACUUCAUUAUAGAAGCAUCCGGUACAACUGAUGCAAUACAUAAAUUGAAGGAAAAAGAUGAAUUGGAUUGGCUACCACCCGGUUAUAAAUCAAUGCCACGUGGAAUAGAUGGUCAACCGAUGUUUUUUACGAAGGAAAACGUGACAGAAUUUGAUCCUGAAUUGGCUAGGAAAGUGGAACUUUUCGAAAAUUUGACACAUUCACUUACGCCAAAACAGUUAAUGGACUUCAAUACAACCGGAUUCUCGAUGAUGACCCCAAAGCAGCUGACAAUGUUCUAUGGCCCACAGUCACCUUUAAACAACAGCAAAGCGUUGGAUUUCUUCAAGUCACUAAGUGAAGAUGACAUGCACCGUCACAUUCUUAGCGAUAUCCGUGAUAUGGCUAAGAUGCAUUCUUCUUUGAAAAUACGUCGAAAACGACAAAACGUACUUGCUCCUGCAGCCUUCGUCACUAAUAUUCUCAAACCAGGUGGAGCACCAUCCGUCCUGUCACCUGGAGCAUUUGCACUAACAAUUUUGUCUCCAUCAGUUCUAGGUCCUUCUAUAUUAAGUCCAGGUGCGUUCCUUGCCACAAUCUUAUCUCCAAGUGUACUCAGUCCUGCGGUUUUGUCACCAGUAGCAUUUUCUGCUCUUAUCCUGUCACCUUUUUCCCUUAAUCCAGGUAUCUUAAGUCCUGCUGCACUAGCACCAUCUAUCUUAUCUCCGAACGCAUUAUCACCAGGUAUUGUAUCACCGUCUGUACUUUCACCAGCUAUUUUGAGUCCUUUUGCCCUAAACCCAUCCGUCUUUUCACCAUCCGCACUUGGCGGUUUGGUCGGAAGUCCAUUUGCCCUUUCACCGUCUUUCUUUUCUCCAUCUUAUAUUGCUCUUGUUAUUUUUUCACCGAGCGCUUUCUCGCCCUCAUUCAAUUCGACCGGUAGGGGUGUCACGGUACUGUUUUCACCUAGUAUAGGAAGUUAA